CAGUUGGGUUUUCUGGGAGCCAAACGAUAUUACACUCACGGUGGAGGUAAUGGAGCCAUUUGGCUCUCUCGAGUGGACUGCCAAGGAACCACGCAUGAAACUACAAGUCUGUUGCAAUGCAGGUACAGUGGGAUUGGGAGACACUCUUGCAAUCAUGGACAGGAUAUUGGAUUAGAAUGCGAAAGUCUGGUAAAAUUCGUUCUUUGGAUGGGUAUCGAGUUUACAGGCUCAAAAAAUAACUCUAUCUUCGAAUACGUUGACAUCUCCCAAGCGUACGAAGCAAUAAGGGGCGUAGGAUUUCUUCCAAUCCUCGAUCACGUGCGCAUUGAAAACUCGGUAUACGGAGUGAGGUCCGUUAAUUCGAGUUCCCAACUGACCAUGCGUAAUAGUAGGGUCAGGAACAGUCGUUUCACUGGUAUCGACAUUAAAGGAAGACUUAGGGAUGUCACUCUGGAGAGCACUAUGGUGGAGAACACAACUCUUGGACAAGGCAUGUUUUACCGUGGUACUGUCCUUAAUGCAGUGGAUUUUUGUUCCUUUGAUGCGAACAAUAACACAGCCUCAUUUCCAUUGAUUUUCCAAGCGUUUGGCAAAGCAUAUUCCAAUGUAGAAUGUGCCAAGGUAAUACGAGCUAAGCCAGGGCAGCACUUGGCUCUGCACUUUCGAUCCAUCACUGGUGCGUAUUUGGAGCUGCACGUCCACGAUGGAAAUUCAACCAAUGCAACAAAACUCAUGUUCCUGGACGAGUUUACAGGUACCAAUCAGGCUGUCACUCCAUACUCAAGUUCUGGUCACGAACUUUACAUAAGAUUUCGAUUUAGUGGUGGCAGCUCAGACGCCAGGGUGAAAUUCAUGGUAACGGCCGACAAAGAUUGUUGCUCUCUCAGAAUUUUCCGCUGUGCAUUCAAUGAUAACAAAGCAACUGGAUUAUACUUAGAAAAUUUCAUAGGAAAUAUGAACAUUUCCUCGACCUCCGUCUUAAGGAACAAAAUGGACGGAAUGAUGAUAGACAGAUUUCAGGGGAAAAUGAAGAUAUUCGAUACUCACGUGAUUAACAACAGCGCCAAUGGUCUUCGAAUUGUAUACAGCAGCUUUUUAUCAUGUACAAUUCACCAAAUGUUUUCCAAAAAGAAUACGCUAAAUGGACUAUAUUUUUUGCGCGUUGCCCUCAAAAGUAAUUUUUCUGACUCAGUGUUUAGUGGAAAUGCUCAUAGCGGGCUAGCAAUAGCUUACGGUGCUGGUAAGGUCAAAUGUUGGAACGUAACCUUUGGUUUAAAUAAACAUUGUGGAGUACGGUUUUCUGAUGGUAAAGUAUCUACCAACUUCAAAUAUUGCGAUUUUUCACGCAACAGUCACGAUGGUGGUUAUAUUUCAAACGAGGAGGGAACUCAUCAGUUUUUUAAUUGCACAGCAAGUUUAAACUCCAGGUAUGGAAUUAGUUUGUGCGAUCCUCCACGUGAUAUCUCUCGACAGAGACACUAUUUUAAACAUCUUACUCUGACAGAUUGCGUGAUCAGUGAAAAUGCCAACUAUGGUGUUAAAUUAGCCCUUGAGAAACAUACUUCAAAUGUUUCUAUCACAAUUAACAAAAAUCGCGUAGCAAGUAACAGCGGAGGAGGAAUAAUCUUGUCUCCGGACCACAACCGGUGGUAUUUUGAUAGACCAAGAAGAGUGACGGCCCUUUUGGAGAACAAUCACUUUGAACAAAACAAAGUAAAUGCAAUUUACGUGUACUGCACAGGUUUCCUCGGCAUAGACGCUUUAAUCGAUUCAAACGUUUUUGUGAACAACACGGAAAAAGUAAUCAAACUUUUUGAUGAUAUCAGUUGUGGUAGCUAUAGGAGUAACCCUGUCAAUGUCAAAAUCAGCAGAAACAGAUUUAACAACAACCGUGUCGAAAAUGCUGUAUUUAUAGACUUCUACUCAUAUCCUGAAGCUCGAUUAGCCGUCUUAACAAAUAACACUUUUGAAGACAACGAACCCCAUCUAAAAAAUCUUUUUCCAAAUUUUUUUAAACGGCUCACAAGUCGGGCGAUCAUUGUCUUUAAAGAAGGAAGUUUUACUUUGCGUGAAAACAUCUUUGAAAAUCCCGCCUUCGCUUAUCAAAUCUCUACGCUGCUUUAUGAUCAUCGUCGAAUUAUUGACGCAAAGCGCAACUGGUGGGGCACGCCAGAUGAGUGCAAAAUCUUUGACAAGAUCUUCGAUUUUCAUCACAGAGUUCAGUUGUCGCAGGUGGCUUUCUUCCCGUAUUUCCUCUCUUCAGAAAAACGUGUCAUUCGUUCGAAUACCUCCAGACCAAGCUGUUUUCUACGAGGUUCAACGAUUGGCGGAAUCGUGGAUAGACCGCUUACCCUGUCAAUUACUGAAUCGCCCUACUAUGUUCGAGAUGACAUCAUUAUCUUGACCAACGGGACUUUGGUGGUACCAAAAAAUGUUACAUUGCUGUUUCCUUCCAGAUCAGCCAUGGUUGUAUAUGGAACGCUUCUUGUCAAUGGAACCGAAAGUGAAAAAGUGAGAUUUACGAAAAUAAUUCACCGGGGAGCAUUUCGUCUUAGCGGGGGUGCCGGCCCAUGGGAAGGUAGAUUGGAAUUUUUAGUUAAUGGCACCUGGUGGCCUCUGUGUCUUUCGCAUUACAGAUCGUUUACCUCAGAGGCCAAAAUAAUUUGCCAACAACUUGAUCUUACAUAUUUCUCUCACAGUUUCAAACAACCCUCUGGAAACGAACCUGGUUUCCUUCAUAACGUUGUCUGUGAUGAGAACGUCGAUAGUGACAUAAUGAACUGUAGUUCCAAAACAAGGAGCUAUAGAUCUUCAUGUGGUGAGUACAUCGUGCACGUGUUUUGUCAACAAUACAAUUGGGCGGGACUUCAUCUAACAAUGACACCACAUCAAACCUUUCUACGGCACCUGGAAAUAUUUGAUGCUGGUUUCGCUCAUCGUAGUGACAUCCAAAUUCCUGGUGCCGCUCUUAAAGUAGACUUCUAUCAUCACAAUGUUCGUAUGAGCAAUGUUUUCAUAAACAACUCCGUUGGAUCCGGUAUAGAAGUGGUAUAUCAGAGUCCGUUCCACUACAGGUCGUUGAUACCCCAUUCUACAAUAUCAAAUACAAAGUCACAUGGUAUCCUCUCGCAUUCUCCUUCCCUAAUGGUUACAGACAUAUGCAUGGAAAGAAACAGUGGCAAUGGUUUCAAAUUUCUAAGUACGACAAGCUUGUGGGAAAACACAUAUAAAUUCACUGCCAAAAUGACCAACCAAGACAUGAGCAAGGUUCUCCAUGUCUGCUCUGAGAAUGAAACUGUUGUACCAGCAGGUAAAGUGUUUCACUUUUCCUUAGAGAUAUUGGAAGAGAAAUCAAGCUUCAAAUGUCACCAUAUCUUGAGGACAGAAACCGAACAUAAAAUUGUCAUUCAAGAGCUUUACAAAUCAGCUCAUUGGCAUGCAUCUUAUCUUUACUUGCACGUGUACGAUGGAGUAAAUAUAUCUCAAGGGUCCCCAUGGACGAUGGGGCUGUCAUCAUGGGAUAAUCAGCUAAUCUUUAACUCAUCAAAUUCGUCUAUUUCUUUUGAGUUUUAUAAGCGUGCUGGAAUUAGUGGAGUAAUCAAUUUCUUGGUGUUUACAGUCAAAGCCAGCGAAAAGCUUGCAUACAUCGGUGGAGAAAUUAGGUUAGCUCGUACAAAGGUUUCUAGCAGUCUUCAAGGAGCUGUUCUUGUUGGAGGUUCCAUGUUGAAAUAUCUCAGCAUCGUUGACACAGAAUUAACUGCCUCCCAAGAAUUCGGUAUCAGACUUGCACCGAUCGGCAUUGAGGUUAUUGAAAUCAUCUCAACAAGUCUCCAUCGCAACAAGCAAGGAAUUAUCAUACAGCAUCUUACUUCCAAAGAACUUAUCAUACAAAACUGCAUUAUUAACAGUUCCCUUCUUCAUGGAGUCUAUAUGUUAAUCGAGGGAAGAUCUCACAGUGACAAAGACUCAAUCACGAUUGUAAACUCGACCAUUACAGCGAGUGGUGACUAUGGAUUGGUGACCUAUGAUCACGCCUACGGGUCGCGCCCAGAUUUAUUAUUAAUUAAUAAUAGUUUUUCUCUAAACAAGAAGGGAGCCAUUUACCACAAUAUCUAUACUUAUUAUGAUAGUUAUUCCCCCGCCAUAGUAACUCAUUCCAAUUAUUUUUUUCGCAAUCAAGGAUCCACUGUGGAAAUUUCACUUAACAGGAAUAUUGAUCAAACCUUUACUUUCACUAAUAAUUCCUUUAGGGAAAAUCAAGGCUUCAGUGUAAUCUUGUUGAAGACCAGGUCCUGGCACUAUGGACGGAGAUCAACCGUAAUUAUUCAAGGUAAUUUAUUUUUGGCGAAUCGAUGCCCAGUCAACGGAGUGAUUUACAUUGGCAGAUAUGCAAGUCGUGACAGCUUUGAGGUUGAAAAUAACAACUUCACACGGAAUUUAGGACCCUGCGUGUUUCUAGAAGGCACGGCAUCUUACGUUCAAAUUUCGUUGCAAAAUAAUCUCUUCAAUGAGAAUCUUUGUGAGGAUAAGAGUGUGAUAGAAGUCCAUCGCCUGGACGAGCGCUUUGUUUUGGAAAACAACAUUUUCACAGCAAAUGAGGCAGAAGGUGUGGUUUUCCUUCAGAUGAUCUAUGACAUCUCUCCAUCCCUUCAGAGGAAAAAGGUUGGCUUUAAUAAUAACACUAUAUUUAAUAAUAUCCCUCACUCUUCUGCACAGUUAUUAAACCACGUUAGCUCCUGCGCAGUUGUUUUCACUGGCAUCCUGUCAUAUAAAGAAAUGGAGUUUCACUUCAACAAAUUGAAUAAUAGUCAAUACAGGAGGGAGCUGUGUUUGAACGUAUCUGCUGUUUCCACUCGUGACGUUGUAAACGUCACACAUAACUGGUGGGGCACAAAAAACAUUACUGAAGUGCGUGACAGGAUUUGGGACUUCGAUGACAACUAUGACUUUGCCGUUGCCACAUUAUUGCCAAUUCUUCUGAGUAGAGAUGACCACAUCUUAUCUGCUGUUGGAGAACGUGAAUUUAAAAUCCCUGGCCGUAUUCUGUCAGGGAGAUUGUUGGAGUCUUUAACGCUUCAUCCUUCUCAAAGUCCUUACUUCGUAACUUCGGAUUUAUUUGUUACAGAAAAUGUCACUUUAGCCAUAGAGGCAGGUGUCACAAUCAGCGUAAGCCCCGGAAAGAGCAUACUUGUCGCUGGAACGUUUAAGGCGAAAGGGACAUCUCUACAUCCAGUUGUAUUGACAGUUAAGGAGCCUUCGGACCUAAACAAAAAUUUUCGGUUACCUGUUCGCCUUUUAGAUGGCAGAUUCCCAUGGGAGGGGAGAGCAGAAGUUUUUUACAACAAUACUUGGAAACCAGUGGCUGCUUCAAACUUUAAGGUAGUUAACAAUGUCUCUAACGUACUUUGUAGACAGCUUGGAUAUGGUCCACCAAUGUUUGCAAUUUGGAAGUCUGAUGAAUCUCACUCUAAUACUACUGACUCGUUCCUAAUAGAAUUUUAUUGCUAUGGUAACGAAACAGCCCUAGAUGAGUGCUCUGGAAAUCAGGAAGCGUUAAACAAUACCAAUAUCCUGAGAGAAAUAAAAUGCCAGGGUCAACCUUGGGGGAAUCUGCGCUAUGUAUCCACUGGAGAAGCGAGUAGUUCCAACGCGCGUUCCGUGUUGAAUCACGUUCACUUUUCCCACUGUGGAAGUCACUUAGGAGUGUCGGUACCAGCCAUUGAAGCAGUCAUAACUGCGCCAAAGAUUCAACAUGUCACAAUAAAAAACUGCACCUCCGGCGGCUUAAGAAUCUUCUCUCCAGUGAAUGACAUAUAUCUCAACCACAGCACUUUUUACAACACUGGAGGUUCUGGUAUAAACGUGGUACAGAUACGUGGCAACUUUGUGAUGGAGACCUGCGAAUCAUCCAGAAACCUUCGAGGUCUUUCCGUUGAAGAACCAAAUGCAGAAAACAUCCCUCGAGUCUACUAUGGACGAGUCUUUCUUUGUAGUAUAUAUAAACCUGUUCUGAUAGCGAGUAUCACACUUCUCUACUUUGAUGUUACGCGGCCGAAAAACACAAGGGUAUCGGUAACUUGCCAAAAGGUACUGACAGUGGACAGGGGUAAAGGAAUCAAGGUGACUCUGUUGUACACUAAAGGAACAGGACGGCUGAAAGUUUAUGGCUCUAGGACUCCUUCCAAUUUGAUCAUCGAUAGCUCACAUGCGGGCCUGACUGCUCUUGUACACAAAGAACUUUUCAUUCCACGCAGUAUAGCUUUAUUGGAGUGGGCUGGUGACGUGAACUCGGAAGUCCUUAUUCUGGUAGAAAACAUCAAUAUUGUGGGUAGCCCUUGUACAUUUGAGGUUGGAUACUGUGGUUGGCGUACAUUCAGCAACGUGUCAAUCCAUGGACACAACGUCACCAGAACAUGGGCAAGAUUAGCUUACGGGUGGCCAUUUUACAUACAAGAUUACUCCUACCUUUCUUAUUCCGGAAGAUUCCUCUUCGUCGGCGAUUACUAUGGGGUGUUACAAGACGUUCGCGCCGCCAUCAUCAGCCCAUCCAUAAAGAAAUCUUCCCGCUUCUGCUAUGUGAUGUUCACCUACCGCUUGAGGGGAGAAGAAACUCGAUUGUCUCUUUACUUGGAAACAGGGAAAUUUCCCAAGAUCGAACAAAAGCUCAUCUGGAGAACCAAACAUAGUAACAUUAGAAAGUGGAGAAAGAUAAUGAUAGACAUUCCUAACAACGAUGUUGAUGAGUACAGGCUGAUCCUCGAAGCAAAAUACAACAGGUCGUUUUAUGUCUCACUAAACUACGUCGCUGUGGAUAACCUAGUGCUAAGGAGCUGUUCGCAUGAAGGUGAACAUCGAAUAUUCAACAGUGUAUUUAAUGGUAACUCUCUCCAGAGUAUAGGCUGGACUUCUGUGUCUGAUGGAAGCGAUAUACGAUCUCCUCUCACAAUCGAACGCUGUAAGAUCACCAACACACCCGCCCCUUCUUCAAAAGUGCUUCACAAGAGGGCCAUCUCCAUUGAAAUCCAGGACAACAAGUUUAAACUCAUUAACAACUUUAUAUCUAGUAACCGCAUUGGAGGGAUUGAGGUUAAGCUAGCACAAAGCGGUGGAUCAAGUUUGCGAAAAAAUUUUAUAUACGGCAAUACCUUCUCCUUUAACGCCAAUGGCGCUUUAUCUGUGUCAGGAAGGAAAAGUAACCAAAGUUUUGUUUAUAUUGUCGACAACGCAUUUGACAGUAAUCUUGGGCAUGGCAGUACUCUUAGACUUACCGAUAUACAGAGUGAGGUGGUAAACAAUUUCUUUUAUAACAAUUCUGGACUGUAUACAAUCGAGUUCGAAUUUUCUGGUGCGUUGCCUAAAGAACAGAAAUGCCAACACAACACGUUUUUCCUCAACAAAGACAUUGGUCAAAACUAUGGUGUGACAAUUAUGUCAAACGGGCCAAUGGAAUACUACAAUAAUAACCUAAAAAAUCCAUACAAUCUUUACGAGCUAAGCUCGACGAGGCAAGCAGUUACUGACCCGAUUUUGGCAACACAAAACUGGUGGGGCACUGGAAUAGAUGCUUUUGUUGGUUUGCGAAUUUAUGAGAAUGAUGAUGAUUACAGACUGGGAGCUGUGCAAUACAAACCUUUCAAGAAAUUACCUCCCAGGAACAUCUUAUCCAUUGGUUGUCCUGCUAACUGGUUUAAAGCAGGCUCCACUUGCUACACUAUCAGAAGGGGAAGUAGGAUGCGCAUGGAGGCAGAGGAUUAUUGCCAGUACUAUGGAGGGCAUGUGACGUCGGCGUCUUCACCAAAUGACAUGGAAUUUGUCAACAUGGCGAUGAAGGCAACGAGACCAGACGGUAAAUCCGUCGUGCCAAUUUGGUUGGCAGCUGAAGGCGACUUCGUGGAAAUGAUUGGCAGUGAACAGAGGAACAAGCGCUGUACCAUCAUGACACGUAGUAGAAUUACAAAAGUUGUUCCUUGUAACAGUCUUUAUCCAUUUGUAUGCAGUAGAGGAGCUGUCAUCCGCUGUCCAAAUGGCUGUUUUCACAACGGCGACUGUGUCGGCGCUACUUGCUUCUGUUACCGUGGGUGGUUUAGAAGUGACUGUUCUCAGUAUCACUGCAAUGACGUGCAUAAUUGUUCGGGCAAUGGACAAUGUGUUGGACCAAACGUGUGCAGGUGUACACCGGGAUAUCUCGGUCGAGGAUGUACCUACUCCUAUUGUUCGAAGUUUCAAAGAUGUUCUACCUGCUCCCAGGACCCUUUUUGCGGCUGGUGCGACAGUUCACAGCUGUGCAUUCCGGGAAAUUCUCUCGGGCCCAGGUCUUUCCAGCAAUGUCCAGAUUGGUUCUUCUACACUUGUUACACUACUGGAAGUGUCAGUUAUUGUUCCAGCCAAAUACAGAGAGUGGACUGUGCCAAUAGACAGUGUAACGCUAGCCAUAAAACAACUAAUUCAGAGUCCUGUCAAAAGUGUAAAGAUCUUGAAAAGUGCUACAACAACGUGGAGAGAGGAAAAUGCAGAACUUGGAACGAAACCCGUUGUCCUCAUGGCCUGAUACAUGUAGAUUACACAGAUCCAAAGCGAGUAGAUAAUACUCUAUUACGUACCAAUGUUAAGAUAGUUGAUCCAAAUAGCACCAUCGUUUACCGGUGUCCCGUUCGAAAUGGCCGUGAAGAAUCAAUGACGCUGCUUGUCGCCCCCAGAAGUUUAGGUAUUCAACCUGGUGACAUUCUAGCUAGUGCACAAGCAGGUGGUUUGAUGCACACUAUCAAUCAAACCAUAGCCGCCGGCCCUUUUUCAAUAAUGAUUGGAGAACCUGCAAGGAUUGAGGAUGUUGUCCAGUACGCAGAUUUCACGGAGAAAGUUUCUCCAACUCAGGUGGUCGACGAAUCUACUUCGGAUGAGCAGCCAGAUAUGGAUAAUCUAGUUGACAUUAAGAAUGGAACCUUAAAGCUGAACAACUCUAAUGUUCACAUCUUACCAGAGGGGACAUCUAUUUUCAAGUGCUUGGGACACAUUUAUAAAGUGGAGGAAGGUCUAGCAUAUUCUCAGUUUCUAGUUAUAGAGAAAAAAAACUCGUUCAGUGUUCGACCUGGAGAUGUGGUAGUUUCUGAACGGAGUCACGGCUUUAUUGAAAAGGUGACCAGACUCAACAAGACUUCAAAUAUGGUUUUCAUGGAGACAGAACUCGAGAGGUGUACGGAGAAUUCUACCUGGACACGAAGAUUUACACCCCGAAUCGCCGAUUCUGCAUCUGAUGAUGGCGUAUUUUGUGCUGGUGGUGACAACAGUUAUGGAUUGAUGAUAACCGAAUCAGACGCCGAUCCACAACACGUGUCAACUAAGGAUUCUAUCAUCGGAAGAACCAGUUAUCCCGUCCUCGCAAAGGUUGUGGGAUCAUACAUGAACGGGGAUUUCUGGAUGAUAGAAGUCCUUCCUGUUUUGUCUGUUGAGAAUGGUACAGCUGUUACCAUGGUAAAGCUUGAUCAACUCCAUAAGAAACGCAGAAGACGCAAGAGAGACAAUUAUUAUAAUAGAGAGCUUCCGUUUUCGAAAGCUUUCGUCGCGAAGCCGAUUAAAAUAGCACUUGCUUUCUCAAAAGUGCCGUAUGCAUCGGGCUACAUGACUAUAAACCAUAAACUCUCAAUAUCUUCAAUCCUUACUGUGUCCAUAGUCGUGUCUUCUAAACGAAACCAGAACGGUAAAAUGAUCCCAGAAGAUGCGUCUGUAGGGGUAAAGAUGGAUGGUACUGUCACAUAUGAUGUUGGUGUUGACUUUAUAGUCAAAGCGCGGCUACAUCUCACUAAAGAGAAAUUUCCGAUACUACGUCCAAUUAGGAUAGCAGGAAUUUGCAUCCCCAUCAUUUUCGGGCUAUGCAUACCAUCUGCCAUCUUUUUAGAAGUUUACGGACAACUUGACUUAACAGCUGAGUAUGAAGUUGAACUCCCCAUGAGGAUGGCAAGGUCCAUCAAAUUUAUCAUCGAGGGAAAUUGCAGAGCUCUCGAGGGAUGUCAGAAAGGAAGGAGCCAAGAUGUUGAAACAAAAGCUAAACAGCUGGAAGCAGAGCUUUCUAUAACUCCAAAGCUUAUUCUUGGAAUUCCUGCUGGUGGGACACGGCGCGAGAAAGGAGGUUCUCUGGAUAUCCUGGAUUUUGUUAAAAGGGCUAUUCCGAGUCUCUCGAAUCUCUUUAAUUCGUUCCCGAGCGACGACGACACGGAUGAUGGUGAUGUUUAUUCAGUUUUUUACCUUGAAGACUAUGACUAUGAAGAUCAACGUAUAACUGGGCUGGGUAUUUCAAUUAUUCAACUCAGUGUUGGGGUUACUUACGGGAUCAGGGCAGAUUUUGAUUGGUGCAGUGACUUUUGUAAAACUAAACGACGACCACAUGAACUUAAAAUAACUCCCCUGGGAUUCACGGAGAUGGUCAUUGGAUUGGCGUUUCACUUACCUGGAGGAUCUAGGAAAGGCUUAGAGUUCAAUUUAAUUGGAAACUUGAACUCGAGGGAAAUGAAGCCCCUAAGGAACUGCUUUCAUUUGCCAUGUCCUAAGUCUCUCUGUGAAUGUCCUCAAAAAACAAGGACGACGACAACCAAUCCUACUACAACCGAAAAAACAACAUGGUUUACCACCAGCCCUACCACGACCGAAAAAACAACAGAGUUAUCAACCAAUCCUGCCACGACCGAAAAAACAACAGAGUUGACAACCAACCCUACCACGACCGAAAAAACAACAGAGUUGACAACCAACCCUACCACGACCGAAAAAACAACAGAGUUGACAACCAACCCUACCACGACCGAAAGAACAACAGAGUUGACAACCGAACCUACCACGCCCCGAACGACGACGACAACCAAUCCUACUACAACCGAAAAAACAACAUGGUUUACCACCAGCCCUACCACGACCGAAAAAACAACAGAGUUAUCAACCAAUCCUGCCACGACCGAAAAAACAACAGAGUUGACAACCAACCCUAUCACGACCGAAAAAACAACAGAGUUGACAACCAACCCUAUCACGACCGAAAGAACAACAGAGUUGACAACCGAACCUACCACGCCCCGAAAAAAAACAACUACUCGCCCCACAAAACCGCCUCCGACCACCCCUCCUCCUUGCAGAUGUGAUGGUGGAGCAGAAGCUCUGGUUGAUUCUGAUGGAAGUUGUCGCUGUAAACCGAAAUGCCCGGAAGGAAAAGAACCCGUUAUUGUAAACAAUCGAUACAAGUGUCCAGAACAUCCACCCUGUGGUGAACCUCCAAAUUGCGUUGUGGGAAGGAAAGGACCCGGAUGUACUCAACCAGACGUGCAGCCAUGCUCAGCAAGCUGUUCUGGUAAUGGCUAUGCAAUAGCUACAACAAACUGUGGGUCUCAGUGUAUUUGCUCCUUUUGGUGGAUUGGAACGUGCUGCGAAAUAAGGCUACCGCGAUGGAACUGGGGUGAUCCUCAUCUUGGGACGUUAGAUGGCAUUGAUUUUGAUUACUUUGGAAUUGGCGAAUUCUGGGGAUGUAAAAGUAUCUUCAAUGACUUUGGAAUUCAAUUCCGCUAUUUUGCUUAUCAACGAGCCUCGCUUACAGGGGGCGUGGCAAUUAAGGCGGGACAGAGUGUACUGUCAAUCAUGGCUCUUAACACGAGUAAUCCCGACCAAUUUCCGAAACUACGAAUCGACGGAGGUCUGAUGAACGUCACAUCUCUGAUUGGGAAUAAAGUGAAGCUUAAUAAUGGAACGGUUGUGUUGGAUACCCAAAAAACUUCCACAUCAUCCAAACCAGAGGAAGCACAAGUCGUACUUUUCUCUGUGCAAUAUGAGUCAGGACUUACAAUAACAGCUGAGGUACGUUACAGUCCAAAGAUGGGCCGUCAUUAUCUCAACGUCAUGUUCAUACCCUCAGCAAGAUUUAAAAGCCAAACUGAAGGCCUAUGUGGAGUGAUGGAUGAUGAUCCAUCCAAUGACUUGAGGGGUCCAAAUGGAGAACAAUAUAAUGAUCCUAUUCAGUUUGCUGAUUCUUGGCGCAUAACGGCUGUUCACAACAACUCCGGCCUUCGAGGAUCAUGGUCAUGGAACUCUUCAAACUUUCACAGCGAUGACAUCAUGGAUUCUUCUUACAACGAUCCAAACCAUGUUCCAUUGUACUCUUUAGAUGGCAUCGGUGAUAUCAUUGUCGCGGAAGCUACGGAAGCCUGUUCGUCACUUGGACUUACUGGCGCGAUGUUGCAGAGCUGCAUUUAUGACGUAGCCGUAACAAAUGAUAUGACACUUGCUGGACAAGAGAGCCUGAAACAAAGUUGUCCAAACCAAUGUUCUGGGAAGGGUACAUGCAUUAACUCCACGUGUCAAUGUAUGACUGGUUGGUCUGGAGACAGUUGUCACUUAGGUAACUGCACAAACUGCAGCAUGGAACACGGGCGGUGCGUGAAAGGAUUUUGUGAAUGUGUUGAUGGCUGGGAAGGAGUCAGUUGUGAUCACAAAGCAACAUGCAACAACGUCAACAACUGCACAAGCCCAAGCAACGGGUUAUGUAAGAGGACAGACCAGUGUCACUGUCAUGAUGGAUACAUUGGACAUGACUGCAGUGUUAUUCCUACCUGCUCAAAUGUGUCUGAUUGCUCCAAAAGAGGGAUCUGUGUUGACUUUGAUGUGUGCAAGUGUCAGGAGGAUUGGACUGGAAAGGACUGUACCCAGUUCUCUUGUGAAUCACUCGACUAUUGCUCAAAACGUGGACGCUGCGUGGCUCCUUAUAAGUGCGACUGUGCUCCAGGGUGGACAGGAGCCAGCUGUGCUCUCUUUGAUUGCGCAGGAGUUAACCAGUGCUCCGGUCAAGGGGUAUGUGUAUCAAGUAACACAUGCCGCUGCUACCCAGGAUUCCAAGGGGCGAACUGCAGUGAUGUUGUAGAUUGUGAGAUUCUUGGAAACUGUAGCGGAAACGGAGUUUGUAUUCAAGGGGGAAAUGAUGGAAAUGUCUCUUGCAGAUGUUAUGAUGGAUUUAGUGGUGUGAAAUGCAACAUUUCCUCCUGUCGUUCAAUUGACAAUUGUACUGGUCACGGUGUCUGUGUCGAGGCAAACUUUUGCAAAUGUGACAUGGGCUACAGUGGGGUGGACUGCUCAAAUGUGUCAUGUGAAGGUGUUAACUACUGUUCAGGUCAUGGUGUAUGCAGCAGCUAUGACACAUGUGUUUGCGACUCUUUGUGGCAUGGUGCAGCUUGUAGUGUGGCAGACUGCUCCAGUCUCGAUGACUGUUCAAAGAAGGGCGAUUGCAUUUUACCCAACACUUGCGAGUGUUAUCCUGGAUACGACGGGGCAGCGUGUAACAUGACAGCUGAACCGAACCUACACGCUCCAGCUUUUGCCGCGUCUAUCUACAAUGCCUCAGUCCUAGAGAACAGUCCCCCGGGAACGACAAUUCUCCAAGUGCACGCUAGGGAUGCCGACACAGGCCGGAAUGGGAAACGUUUUUUUUCGAUCGACAACAGUAAUAACGCGAAAAUGGCGUUUACCAUCGACAGCAUCUCCGGUGAUAUUCUUACAUCGUCGGUGUUGGACUACGAAAGUUCCUCUCCUAAUCUGUUUAAGCUGAAGAUCGUGGCUUCGGACGAUGGAAAUCCACGCAAGUCAAGCUUUGCUUUCAUGUACAUCCAUGUUGUCGACGUCAACGACAACUGCCCGGUCUUUCACUUCCCUCAAGCAACGUGGUUCAACAUUUCGCAAGAUACACAAUUAGGUAGACUUCUGACUGUGUUAUCCGCCCGUGACGAGGACAGUGGGCUCAACGGAGAAGUGAGAUACACCUUAUCAAACUCAAGGAACGGUGGAGAGGCCUUCAAAGUGGGUGAAAAAAAUGGAGAACUAAAAGUUGUUGAUAAACUUCAGCCUAAAAAGUACCUUCUGAUAGUUGUGGCAAGUGAUGGAGGAAAAGUUUCGUGCUCCAGUCAUCUGGACAUCACUGUAAAUGUUUUCGCUGAAACUAAAACUACAUCUGAAACUAAAACUACAUCUGAAACUAAAACUACAUCAUUUACCCGCUCGGAAGCCGAAUACAGCUCUCCAAGUGCAAUCACGACAGUAAGUACUGAGGAGAUUCCAGUAGAGGCGCCUACGAAGAGUUGGUUUCUAAAACCCAUUAUGAUCAUUGGGAUUUCCGUUGGCGGAUUCAUAGUUUUCGUUGUAACUGCGACUGUGCUUCUCGCUAUCCUUUCUCGGAAAUUUAAGCGAAGAGUCGAGCCCACUGGGGACGAUCCUUUCAGCGGAAGGAAGAAACCUGAACGCUUUAACGGAAGCACUGAUAACCCGGUUCUUGUGACAGACUCCAAAGGGGAGCUUGGUGGAAUUGUAUCCCGUGGAAUCAAGACAACGGAGACAUUUGAGAUGAAGAAUAUGCCUUGCGUAGAUUAGUGAUUCCUUGAUAACAGCGGGUUUGGUAUUACACUAAACAAGUCGCGGGAGAAGAGUAUCAAUCACUAUAUGAACAAUAGCCUAGAUUUGGCGGAAUAUAUGAACGCAUAUUCGUCCGCGGACAUUAUCUAUUUCAGUUUUCCGAGAGCGGAACUCGAAGAAAACAGUGAGCUUCGAGGAACAGAUGAUCUCCAAGGAAAAAAAUGUGCGCGUACUUCCGCACAAAAUAGAGGCUAUUGUAUUUAUUAGUCUUAAAGUAGUUUCAAACGUGCGUAAAAAAAAUGUUUACGAACAGCUUACUGUUUGUUGCGUGGGAUGUUUUCUUUUGAGUGUUCUCUGGUAUGACUUUAUGAACAAACAAAUGUAGAGCAGAAAUACUUAGCAGAAAAAGAACCAACUGGAUAAUGACAAUUUUCUAUAAGACAUUUUGGAGUGUAGUAUCGCUGAGUAUUACCUUUUUUCUUUACUCAUUGUUCGUAUUUUGACUCGCCCUACGGCCUCGUCAAAAUACUGCACAACUCGUAUGAAUACUCAGCAAUACUACACACUAAAACGGCUAAUAAGAUACAUAGAUGCUUGUUGCUUGUGCUCCGACCUCCUCUUCCAUUUAGAGAGGACUAAAAGAAAGAUCAUAAAAAAGUAUCUGCAACCUAGUAGAAAUUUAUAGUAGGAACGAGCUAAACCAAUUAUUCCCUAGUCGGAAGGUAAAAACCGUGGGAAAAAAAAAACAAACAAACAUACAAACAAAAAGCAAUGCGCCAAAUAACGUCA